AUAGUUUCGUGUCAGACGCAGGCUGGCCAAGUGGCCCAGUGUGGGCAGGGCUGGCCGCACAGCGCUCCGAGUGGCGAGCGGUGGCGUUACACAAAGCAGCAGGACCACUGUGCUGCGUCGAGCCGCUGUGAGCCGACAGGAGGGAUGUGACCCCGGAACAGGACGCCCUCCUUCCAACAACACUCCAUUCAAACACAGAACACAAGAAAGAAAAGCUGGAUCAGGAGGGAGCCACAGGAGCAGGGGGGAUGAACCGCGAGGAGGCCCCGGGAAAGUCUCCUGAAGACAUGUACAUCCAGCAGAAAGUGCGGGUCCUGCUCAUGCUUAAGAAAAUGGGAUCAAAUCUUACACCAAGUGAAGAGGCUUUUCUCCAGAAUUAUGCAGGUGUGGUCCACAGUCAGAUGAGCCAGCUGCCACAGCACAGCAUUGAUCAGGGUGCAGAGGACGUAGUGAUGGCGUUCUCACGGUCAGAGACUGAGGAUCGACGACAGUGACCGCAAGAUCACCCUCACCCCACCCCACGCGACCCCAGCAUAAUCAACAUAUACACAACACAGAUGAGCUUAAGAGACAGACCUUUUCCGGCCUCCCCCCGCCCCUUCAAGUUUAGAGGAGACACGCUCCGAGCUUAUUGCCGCGGGUCGAUUCCUUGGUCAUCCGUCAAGGCAAAUGAUGGCAGAAACGUUCAAAUUGCGUGGCUGCGCACCAAACGCACCUGCAUUUUUUUAUUUAAUUUUAUUUUUUGACGAUGAAUUGUCUGAUCAAGUGUGCAGCAGCAAUGCGGUGACUGUGUCUUAUUUGAUCUGUGGGGCCUCUUUUAUAAACACCAGCUGCUCCUUUCAGAAAGUUUCGACAGAGUCACUGGCGCGUUCAUUCAUCCACCAAUCAUCUCGUCACUCAACAGCAAACACUGACCAUUCAUUGUGUUUCUAUACCCAGGUAUAGAUGAUUUUCACCAUCACACUUUUACCAUAGAAGCAGUCGACACGAUGGAGGUGAUUCAGGUUUCAUCUAAGACCAUUUUAAUGACUACCUCUGAGGUAAAAUAUAUAUAUAUAUAUAUAUAUAUGUAUAAAUCAAUGCCCACACAACAUGGGGGGGGGGAGAAUUACACAUGGAAACACAUUUCUUAGCACUCAACUGUGUUUUUGCCCUAUUGGAAACUCCCGUUCCUUGUUCUGCAUUAUUUCAAAUAAGCGCAGGAAAAAUUAAUAAUGUAUUUUUUAAUGGAACGUUCAUGUCAGAAUGAAAUUGUCAUUCGGCAUGUUCUGUUUUUAAAUAAACAUUGAAAACAAGAGGUCAAUGUCACACAUUGCAAAUGACGCAAGCCCAAACAGUUUUGGGCAAGGCCAAGAACAUAAAUGUGUUUAAAAAUAGCAAUUUGCGUCUACCCACACUCUCUCCUUUUGUUUAACGUGCACAUUCUAAAGCGAGCAGCUAGCUGGUGUGUGUGCAUGCAUGUGUUCAUGUUCACAGCGGGCUCGCCAUUCAUCACCAGUGGUCAUUUAUUGGGGGUGACAGGAUCAGUAUGAUUUAUGUGUGAAGCAUUGCGUGCAAGGGGCUUUUCUUUUCAAACCAAGCCCCACUUUGAGCUUGUGCUGCUUUAGUUUUUAACAAGUAUCAACACGAAAUAAGGCAUUACACUAGGUGCACAUUCUCCCCAAAACAUUGUAGAAGUUGUUUUUAGGUUAUUGUCAUGAGAAAAAAGAAAAAAAAUUAUUGUUCCUUUACUAGGGAAAACUGAUUGUGCUUUUUGUUUUUUUUCCAAUUAGUACAAUGAGGCUUUUUUUUUUCCUUUAUUAAAAAAAAAAAAGACGUAAUUUAUUGUUUCAUGAAUUGAUCCCUGUUCUUCAAAUGCAUUGUUGCAGUGAUCAAAACUAUUUGGUCCUUUUUUAACUACAAAGAACCAAAACAGAAGUGUUUGUUCUAUUUGUGGUUGUACUGUUUCUUGCACUACUAUCAAAUGGGAUGUCAGCAAAAAGGAGAUUUUGAUACACAUAGAUUCUGUUCUGACUGGGGAGGGGAAAUGUAUUUUAAUUGUUUCGGCCUAUUGAUCUUUUCCGAGGAGGGUGCUUUUCUAGUCACACACUCAGUAUUUAAUGUGUUUGAGUACACUUUGUAUACAGUAAUUUAAUGAUGUCAUCGUAACGUAUGGAAGUCAAGCAUGUCUGCAAACGAGAUUUGCCUCGCCUCACCUUGACUGUUGUGUGCUUUUUAUUCCCUUCUUUUAUGUCCUCAGCAAUCAACAUUAACAGCUAACAGUUGGGACAUAUCUACUACAAAGAAAUAUCAUUGUUUACUUUCAUUUUCUAUUGUUUGUCUAUGCAUCGUUUUUGAUUGUUUUUUUUUUUAUACUGAGGUUGUCUUACUGUACAUUUUGCUUGUCAGGGUUGUUUUUCAACCUUUGUGUUGCUGCGUGACUGUAUGUGUGUAUGAGAGAAAGCACGCUGCUGUUUUUACUGUGAUUGUUUUUUUUUUUUUGUUUGUUUUUUUAGAGGGAUUAACUUUGUAUAUUAUUUCAAUCUCAGUCAACAUUGAUUAGCUGUUUGUUUGUUUUUUGGCUGCUAAUAAUGUCUUGACCUAAAGCUUCCAAACCUAUACCAAUUGAACCAUUAAAGGCAUUUGAAACAGUGA